AUGUCAUUAGACCAAGAGAGACGACCGGUGCGUCUGGACAGCGACGCGACGAAGAUUGAAGAUCAAGAAGAGUUCGCCUCGGUCAAUGAACACGGGUACCCUGAGGAGAAGUACCGUGGGAUCAGCUUCACUCAAAGUCGACCGUCUAUACAAGAUCACCCAUAUAACCCAGCACCCCGACGCCAAUCAAGGAUUCCAAAUUUGAAAGGAUCAUCACCCAUUCCAGGAGCGCAAUCUGAGUAUCAAGAACAAUUUGGCAAUGUUCCUUGGCGCUGCAGCGACCCACAUCGAUAUAAUAUUCCGAAAAAGGACGAUUCAUGGAAGAAGUGCCAUAGUAUCGUCGAAAAGUACGACAAUGAGAUGUGUGAUGCAUGGAAGGACGAAGUUGACAAGUUGCUUAUCUUUGCUGGUUUGUUCUCGGCAACCAUAACAGCCUUCACCAUUGAGUCGUACAAAUGGUUGUCAGAGGAUAACGACGAUGUGUCCCUUCGCUUACUAGCUUUCAUGGCUCAACAAGCCUCAAAUGCGACUGUAUCCGUCCCAUCUGACCUCCUUCCAUCCCCAUUUUCAGUAACUUCUUCCGAUGUACGCAUCAAUGCGGUUUGGUUUCUCAGUCUCACACUCGCGCUCACCACUGUGCUGAUCGGUAUACUUUGUUUACAAUGGCUGCGCGAAUAUCAGCGAGAUGCCUCACUUCCGCACAAAGAUGCUGUCGCCCUUCGACAAAUGCGAUACGAGGGAUUGCUAUACUGGAGGGUCCCAGACAUCCUCACCGCUCUUCCCAUUCUUCUUCAAACUUCCCUCAUCCUCUUUUUUGUUGGUCUUCUUGACUUGUUGUGGGCGCGGAACAUAGCAGUAGCGGCUUGCGUCACUGGUGCAGUUGGCGUCGUCAUGCUCUUCGUCGGAAUUACUACCGCCCUUCCUGCGAUGCAGCACGCCUUCUCUAAAGAUAAACACCUACGCGUUCCUCAGUGUCCAUACAAAUCCCCACAAUCCUGGUUAUUCUACCUUACGGGUCACACCCUUUUUUGGAUAUUCAGUUCAUUCAAUUUGCCAUGGGCAGAGCUCGACGCACCUCGUUUUCAUCGUCUUCUCAAGUCGGCAGGGGACCUCAACUGGAUGUCGUUUGAUAUGCGCUGGAGACAGUUCCGUGAUGCGCAAGAGGUUGUCAGAGGGACUGCACGCGUUUUAAAAGACUCAGCAGAUCUUAUACAUGGAUUGCAGUGGAUAAACUCUACGUUCUCACAAAAUGUGGACGCCGUCUAUCCUAUUUACCACAGUCUCGCUGACAUGGACGUCAUCACUGCUGCAACUACAAUAUCGGGCUUCUACCUAGAUGGCCUACUCGACAAUGCCACGAUGCGAGUGAUGUUGGAUGACCGAUUCUCUCCGACAGUCCCUCAGAAGCGCGAUAUUGUUUCUGCAUAUUACCUCCAUGUCCACCAGGACACACAUCCCAUCCUUAAAACUGCAUAUGUUGAAUCUGUUAUUAGGAUCCUGAACUCACAAGAUGUACCCCAGCCAUUUUACGACUGGCUCUCUGAGAUUUUGCAAGACCUCGCAUCGACAUCACCAUCUUCAGCUAGUCCAUCAUCAUUGGCGCUACUCGAACCUGAAAUAACGGUCCAAAUUCUUCUUUGCGUUAAAUCGCUUCUACCUCGUAAAUACGGAUUGCAGAUUCACGACAUCGUUGUGGCGUGGGCCCUGCUGCAUCGCCUUAUAUCACCGGCACUAUCGGCAGCCUCGCAAGAUGACCGCGGUGGUGUCGCUGCGAUGGUAGUGAACCUCGACCACCUGAAACUAGCCUGUAGCAUGUUUGAAGAGUUCGAGCAGUGGAUGACGCGCGGUAAGGAGAUUGGUCGGCUCGACAGAGUCAAGCUAUGCGCAGAGGGCAUGUUGACGUUGUUCCCGCCUUCAGUCAACCUCCAAUGGCUGGAGGGCGUGUGUCCCGACAUGAUGAAAGCCCGCUCACUUGUGCACUCCUUGGAGGAUCAGGUGGAAACUCUAGGUGGACCAUCAGCAGUGCUACUUCGUGAACAAUGGUGGUUGGACUACUGGGAGGUCUAUUCCGAAAAGGACUGGCGGUGGUUAUUGAAUAACUUCAACAAAAUUUCGCAGGAGUAA